AUGAUCCUGCCGCGUGUGUGGCAGCUGAGCAGGCACUGCCUGACAGACUGGCUGCUGCGGCACCACGGCCGCGCCGCCCCCCUCCGCGAGUGGCAGCACGCCGCCAUCACAUGGCACGCGCUCCGCAGCCUGUCGACGCGGCAGCUCGCUGAGUGGCUGCUCGCCUGCUCGCGCCGCGCGCGCGAGCUGACCCGGGACCCCGCGGCGACGGCGCCGCGACAGCGCCACCGCGCGCAACUUUGCACGCCUAGCGGCGACGAGGAACAGCGCGCGGCCGAGGCGGAGGCGGCGCGCCUGCUGCGCGGCGGCGACGCGGCGGGGGCGCUCGCCGCUGUCAGCGCGCCCGACGGCGACUUGAUGCUGCCAAUCCUCUACGCCGCCCAGGCCGGCCGCGCUGACCUGGCGCUUGACCUAUCCGAUCGUGUAGCCGCCCCGGGGCCCGCUAUGUUCUCCCCCGCCGCCGCGCUGCGUAGCGGCCACCCCGAACUCGCCAUGCAGCUCGCCCGCGCGCCCGGCGCGCCCGUCAUAGCGCCGGGCGGGCGCGCGCUCUGGGUGCUGUGCGCAGCCGCGCGCUGCGGCGGGGUGCCCCCCGGCGCACUGGCCGCCGCCGCGGCGUUCGCGCCUGAGUUGGAUGCGGCGGACGCGUUUCCUCUGCUGGGCGCCCUGGCUGAGCCGGGCGUGGCGCAGGUGCUCGCGUCUGCGGCCGUUCACACGGGCUUGGAGACAAGCCUCUCGGCCGUCGCAGUCCGCGCAGCGCUCGACGCGCGGCACGGCGCGCCGCUCGCGGCGGCGCUGCGUGCUCUGCUCGGCGCGCUGCCGCGUGGCGCGGCGCCGCCCGUGCUGGCGCACGCCGCGCGGAUGUGCGCCGAGGUGCGCAGCGGAGCAGUCAGCCCCCUGCUGCCCGCGGAGUUGCUGGGGGUGGUGGUUGGCGAGGCGCGGCGCGCGGGCUGCGGGGAUGGCGUCGAAUGGCUGCUGCUGCGCGGCGGGCCAGCGGCCAGACGGGGCAGCGGCGGCGGCGGCGACGGUGGGAACGGAAGCGGCAGUGAUGAGGACAGCGGGGCCUGGCCUGGUGGAGCGGGCGGGGACGAAGGCGAGGGCGGCGGCGGUGCUGGAGGGGACGGCGGCGCGGUUGGCGGGGGGCAGGGCGGCGGCGGGGCCGGCGGCGAUGGGAACGGCGCCGCCAACGUCGCUGCGCCGGCUGCGGAGGCAGCGGCGGCGGGCGGCGGCGGGCCCGACCUCCAUGCAAACGGAUCCAACGCCGGCGGCCGGGGCGGCCCUCUCGCGGCGGCCUCAAUUGGGGCGCGCCUGUGGUGGCGGGCGCACGCGGAGGGAUCGGCGCCUGCGGCGGCCGCCGGCCGCGCGUCGGGGCAGCCAGGGGCGGCCCCGAGCCUGAGCGAGAGCCCGUGGACGCUGGACGCGCGCGCCCCUGCGUCUUUGCACUGCUGUGCGGCCCUCGCGGCGCUGCACGUGCACGGCGCAGCGGCCGCGGGCGCCGUCGCGGCGCUCGUCAAGCCUUGGGAGGGGCCGCCGCCCCGCCACUACCUGUUUACAGAAAAGAACGUCGAGCUGCAGCUGGGGGUGCUCUCGGCGAUCGAGGGCGGCGCGGACGGCCCCGCGGUCGCGGCGGCCAUGCGGCGGCAGUGGCUGCAACGGCGAAGAGAGGUGCUCGCGGUACUGGCAGACAUCAGGCGCGGGCCGCCCAAGGCGACGGCGACGGCGGCGGGCAGCGGGGCGCGGAAGGGCCGCGGCGCCGUCGCCGCCGCCGGCCCGGCCGCAGCCGCGACCGCACCUGUGGACAGCGCUCCGGAGCAUCGCCGCACAGCUGUGGCCGCCGGCGCGGGCCCUGGCGCCCCUGCGGCAGCCCCAGCCGCCGAGGCCGGCGGCGCGCCCGCCGCAGGCGCAGCAGGCGCAGCGCUUGCGCCGGCCGGCGCGGCGGGUCGGCCGUCUGCGGCGGCGCGCCGCGAGGCUGAGCUGGCGUUCCAUCAGAAGCACGAACUCAUGAUUGCAGAGCUGAUGGGCGCGAUCGCGGCUGCGGCCCGCACCGGCGCUCCGGCCGUGCUGGGCGCAGUGCUGGACAGCGACAUGGCGGGCGCCGCGCGCGGCAUCAGGAGCAGCGGCCUCGGCCCCGCCUCGCUGCUGGGCCCGGACCAGGCGGCGCUCGUGGCCGCGGUCGUGCGCGGCGACGCGGCGCUCGUCCGCCUCCUCGCGCGGCGGCGCGCCGCGGCGCACGGCGGCGGGCCGCAGCCGAGGACGCUGGCGGCAAUGCGCGGAUGGGCGGUGGGGUUCAUGCCGCUGGCCUUCGGCUUGCCCGGGGCCCAGCAGGACGAUGCCCUGGGCAUCAUGCUCGCCGCGCUACGCCUCGCCUGCUGGGGCGGCGGCGCUCGCGGCGGGGACGGCUGCGGGGGCCGCGGCGGGGGCAGCGGCGGGGAUGCGGCUGGCAGCAGCGGCGGCGGCGGCGGCAGCAGGGGCGGCGGCGGCUUGCUGGGCAACGUGCUGGUCCCGCGGGCGCUCGCGCCGUCAGAGUUUGCGGACGUCGUGUUCGCGCUGGGCCGCGGCUGGCCGGAGGACGGCCUGCUGCUUGAUAUGGUGGUGUCCGCCGCGCUGCCGGCCAUGGAGCUGGCGGGCGACCCUGAGGCGCUCGCGCCGCUGCUGUGCCGCGUCGGCCGCGCGGGGCAGCUUCCAAUGUUUGCGCGGCGCGUGCGUGCGUCCACAGUGGAGAGAUUUCAUUUGUGCGGAAUUUUCUGGCCGGUGAGCGCCGACCUGGUGGCGGCGCUGGCUGCGUGGAUUGCGCGGGCGGAGAUGGUGGGGGUUGAGGGCUCAGAGGCGGACGAGGCAAGCGACGAUAGCACAGGGGACGAUGGCGACGAUGAAGAGGAGGAGGAGGAUGAGGAGGAGGAGGCGGACGAGGACGAAGAUGAAGAGGAAGAGGAGGAGGAGGAUCGGGAGGGCGGAGAGUGCGUGAUGAGGGGCGAGGAGGGCCCGAGUGGUGGAUGA